AUGAUGUUCGUCGAGCUACCAUUCAUUCCCGAGACUCCAACACGGCUGGUCGGCAGAACCAGGAGAGAGGACGCAGAAGAGGCUCUCUGCAAGACUAAUAAAGGCAAUCCUGGGUAUGAUCCAUCGACAGAUCUAGCUCUUCCAGAAGAAGAAGUUAGACGAGAUCAAGAAAACAGUGAAGACUUGGCAUGGAUAUCUCUGCUCACCCAUCCGGCCGAAAGAAGAAAGCUGCUGUUCUCUUGCGGUGGCCUAUUCACGUCUCAAAUCAAUGGAAUCAUCUUCUUCUACGUGUACGGUGUCGUUUUUGCACAGGGAAUUGGCAUCGAGGAGCCUUUCGUCAUCAGCACAAUCACCAACACUCUCCAGAUCUCCGCCGUUGGAGCUUCCGUCAGCCUCAGCAACGAGGUUCGCAAACGCACGAAUAUGGUCACCACUUCCGUGAUUAUGAUCCUUGCCUUUAUCGUGAUCGGAGAUAUUGGAACACAAUGGACAAUCAGCACGGUGUCCCAAUAUAUCAUUAUGAUAUUUUCUUACUUUGUCAUUGUCGCUUGCAACUUUGCCCCGGGACCGCUAGCCUGCACUAUCGCACGAGAAAACAGCAGUGGGCAGUAA